UAUCAAAGGUAUAUCCUUGAACACAGCGAGCGACCGCAGCCAACGCCGGCCGCUCCUGAAAACAGGCAGCAACUUUUCAGCGAGAUCCCUGGAAGGAGCGGCUUGAUCUCUUUUAAUAUUUUCUCUUUUCCUGUGGGGGAAAAAGAUUUGGAAUAUUGGGGGUCUUGCUUCGACCCCUGGAGAAAAAACGUGACAUCAAGAUACCUAUCACGGGCACAUCUAUUUAUACUUUUCUUUUUGGUUAAUGCCGGAACAGUGAUGUGAAUGCAAUACAAUUCCAGGAAUCCGCCGCUUCCUGGAAAAGCUUAAAAGAGGCAAACAAAAGAUUACUUAGUAGUGUUUUUCGCCGCUUGAGUUGCAUUACUCCCAGAGACAGCGGCGAGGGUAGCUGCUGCUGUUCUCCGUUUAACUUCUUCCAUACCAAGAGACUGUUUAUUGGGAUAUAUUUAUAAUUAUUCAUUCCUGAUUUUUAGUGGCGGUUUCAAACGCCAUUAGGAAGGAGGGUCGUCGUCUCCCCCUUCUUAGCUACUCGUUUUCUUUGACUCCGGUAAUUUAAAAAUCAUUUAUCACCUUUUUUUAAUUUUUAUUUUGCUGUAUCAAGAGUGUGUUGGGAAACAAGUUACGAUCGCUCGCGCUUUUCUACGCGGAGCUGAGCUCGCUGAACGAUCAGUAAAGACUUUCUGGAUACCCCAGUUGACUUUGGUGGUGGUCUCCAAGGUGCGGUUGAGAAGCCGUGUUGGGAUCCUUCUCUGCAAGUGACUUACCUACUGACUUGCGGUAUUCCUGCUGGGAACAAAGAAGAUAAGCAAUAGUGGGAGAGCUGUUUCCCGGUUUCUCCGAAAACUUCAUGCUCUUGCCUUGGCCCUGGAGUGACAUGAUCGCCUGUGUUCAGGGACCCCAUCCUUUGCUAGCAGAGGAGAAGAUCAGGAGACUGUCACUUGGAGCUCUUGCAGUGAAUUUGUCAGAGCAAGUCAUGCAACCUCUAUCAGUCACACCCUUCCAAGAAGAGUCUGCUCAUGCCAUUGUGGCACCCACGCUGGAGAGCAACCCUCCUCAGCCACGAGAUCCAGAAGAGGACCUGCUGUGCAUUGCAAAGACCUUUGCAUAUUUGCGAGAAUCUGGCUGGUACUGGGGCUCAAUCACAGCCAGUGAAGCCAAACAGCAACUCCAGAAGAUGCCUGAAGGCACCUUCCUGGUACGGAACAGCACUCAUCCCAGCUACCUGUUCACACUGUCAGUCAAAACCAACCGUGGGCCCACUAACGUGCGCAUUGAGUAUGCUGACAGCAAGUUCCGGUUAGACUCCAACUGCCUCUCUAAACCUCGAAUUUUGGCCUUCCCAGAUGUGGUCAGCCUAAUCCAGCAUUAUGUUCUUUCUUGCAUGGUGGAGAGUAAGACUGAUGCUCAUUACCCCCCUCCAGUGUCCUCGCCACCUAUGAAAAAAGAGAUUGCAGCCUUGGCAGUGCACUUGAAACUGAUCCGUCCACACAACCGCAAGAACAGUGCACCAAGCCUGCAGCACCUCUGCCGUCUACAGAUCAACAGAUCCACUGUGGAGACAGACCUGUUGCCUUUACCAAAGAGAAUGAAGGACUAUUUGAAGCAGUACCCUUUCCAGCUUUGAGGUAUUGCCAGUUGGCCUCAGAAAGACAGUAGAAGCAAAAUAAAAUCCAGAUGGGACAGUGAUAUGGCUUUGUCCCACUCACCCGAUGUGGGCACAGCGGAUAAAUGGCCAUCAGAAGAGAUUGUUGUUUAUUAUCUCUUCCUCUCCCUUUGCCCCAUUUAUCCUAAUUCCAUUCCUGUAUUAGUGAGGGGGCUUCUAGUACCAGUGACAUUUACAUGGUACACAUUUCCAGUGCCCUAACUUAAGGGCUUUGCUCUCUUUUUUUUUUCUGACUGUGGCUCUGAGAAAUACUCUUGGCAUGUGCACACUACUUGAAUUUCAGAAAUGCCGUGACACCAGGAAUGUUAUAGUAUUGUUACUGUUAUUAUUUAUUUCCAUGGUAGCUGUAUUAUC